CCCCCUCUCUACCCUCCAUUCAAACAGGCCAUAAUGGAAUUGCGGGUAAAAUUGCUAAUAACAAGAUUAUGGAAGACUUGAGGGGUAACGUGCAAACCCUCAAAAUUUGAAUCUUAAAAAAAGUUCCGUUUCUCUUCAUUUUAACCAAAAUCUCCAUCUGGGUCUGUCCAAAAACCCAAGAGAAACAAUAUCUACUGAGAACUGGAGCCAUGGGGGAUGAGAGCAAGGUGCCAUUUUUGGACACGCUCUACUUUGAGAAUUGCCCAGGUUGCAGGAUUGAGAAGAAGAAGAAGAAUGAGAGCUUUGGGUUGCCUUACAGAGAGUUCUUUUAUGUUUGGAUCAGCACUCUUGCAAUUUGUUUACCAAUAUCAUCAUUGUUUCCCUUUUUGUACUUCAUGAUAAGGGACUUACAUAUUGCCAAUAGAGUGGAAGAUAUCGGGUUUUAUGCAGGGUUUGUUGGUGCUGCGCUUAUGUUUGGGAGAGCUUUGACUUCUGUAUUUUGGGGAAUAGUGGCAGAUAGAUGGGGAAGGAAGCCUGUGAUAAUAAUUGGCCUCUUUUCAGUGAUUAUAUUUAACACCCUCUUUGGAUUAAGUGUAAAUUAUUGGAUGGCAAUUGCUACGAGAUUUUUUCUUGGAGCUUUUAAUGGUAUACUUGGCCCAAUAAAGGCAUAUGCCGUAGAAGUUUGUCGACCAGAGCAUCAAUCUAUUGCACUAUCACUGGUCAGUACAGCAUGGGGCAUAGGCCUUGUUAUUGGUCCAGCUCUUGGAGGUUUCUUUGCGCAGCCUGCAGAAAAAUUUCCGUAUAUCAUUCCUGAAGAAUCUUUUCUUGGGAGGUUUCCUUACUUCUUGCCGUGUUUCUUUAUAUCACUCUUUGCUUUUGGAGUACUUAUUGCCUGUUAUUGGCUUCCAGAAACAUUGCACAAUCAUCCCCAAAACAAAACAACAGAUGGAAUAAUCGAACCUCUGGAGGCAUCUUCUCAUGUCUCCUGUAAGAGAGAAAACGAUUUAGAAGAUGAAGGAAGAGUUCAACCUAAUACGGAAAAUCUUCUUACAAAUUGGCCAUUAAUGUCAUCUAUCAUAGUAUAUUGUGUUUUCUCCCUUCAUGAUACAGCUUACAGUGAGAUAUUCUCUCUAUGGGCCGAGAGCGAUAGAAAAUUUGGAGGAUUAAGCUUUUCAUCCGAGGAUGUUGGUGAGAUUCUAGCAAUCUCAGGUUUCAGUCUUCUAUUAUUUCAACUGUUUCUUUAUCCACAAGCAGAGAGACUCCUUGGGCCCAUAAAUUUAGCCCGUAUUGCAGCGGUUAUAGCUAUACCAUUACUUGCCAGUUAUCCCUUUAUGACUAAGCUGUCAGGAAUUGUACUUUCAGUAGCAGUGAAUUCUGCAUCCUUGAUAAAAAAUGUUCUCUCUAUGAUUAUUGUUACUGGAAUGUUCAUCUUGCAAAACAAUGCUGUGCCGCAGCACCAAAGGGGAGCAGCAAAUGGUAUCGCGAUAACUGGGAUGUCUAUUUCCAGAGCUAUUGCCCCAGCUGUUGCAGGUGUCAUAUUUUCAUGGGCACAAAAGCACCAAGAUUCUUCCAUUUUACCAGGUGAUCAAAUGGUUUUCUUCAUAUUGAUCGUGAUAGAGUUCAUCGGCCUCCUCAUGACCUUCAAACCCUUUCUGGCGACUAGAAGCUGAAAUGCAAUUAUGGCUGCAUAUAUUACUACGUGAUAGAGGCUCAAGAUAAAAGAAUUCAGAUUCGACUAGAACAGGCUGAAACAAGUCCAGAGCCAAUAUUCUCCUGCAACAUUUUGCUCGAAACUCUUUUCCUGAGAGCCCGAGGCACAAUUCUGCCUCAAUAUGAUGUAUGCAUCACUAGCAUGUUGAUUGUUGUAUCGGUUUGUUCUUUGUUCGAUGACAGAAAAAUAAGCUUUUCCAUUUCUUUAGAAAUUAAGGAAUAGUUUCUGCUCUUUGACGAAUAAUAUUAAACUGAUAUACUGCAGAAUUUAUCAUUAAUCUUCUUCUGUC